CCCGAGAGCUUCUCUUCAGAGAGCAGCUAUUACAGCAUCGGUAGUACGCAGAGUAUUAAAAACAGCGGUAUCAGUUCCGAUACCGAUGACCUCAACAAUUCUCAACCAUUCAAGGUCGCAGACUCUUCCUACGUGGAUAGUAAUAUACCAGGUGUUAAUGAAUUAAUUCGUGGUUGUGCUGAUAUUCGAAUUGAUUCUAAUGUAGAGGAAGUCACCUUGUCAAAUUCUAUUUAUGAAUCUCCUGAUAACACUUUGAUUCAAACCUUCAACUCAGCUAUUGAUGAUACCAACGUUAUCCUUGACAAUAAGUCACCCGUCAAGUAUAACUUAAAUGAGACAUCUGCAUUCGAAAACGGUUUAGCAACACCGUUGGAUGUCACGCAUUCCCUUAUAAAUUCUUCUCAGACUCAAGAAGAAUUACAGGAACAUUUUACUUGUGACAAUAUACCUCAAGAAUCUUUGAACUUAGAAGUGAAUGUAUCUACGGAUGAAGGUAUUGCUAGCAACGAACAAAGAAGUGAACAGGAUUUGAAAGAAUCCGAAGUUGAAAGUGUAAAACUUACUUUAGAAACAUCUACACCAAGAUCAGUUUCUCCUGUUGAUUAUAACAACGCUGAAAGUGACAGAAAAGAAGAUAUAUAUAGUGAUACAAAUGUUAAGGAAACAGAUACAUGUAAUGUAGAUGAGAAAGAAGCUGAUGUAGAUAAUAUAGGUAAAACAGAUACAAAUAAUACUUGUACUAUCCAAGCAAUUGCAGAUAUUGUAAGUGAAAAUAUAAAUACUAGCAAUACAGAUGAAAAUAAACCAGAUAUAAAUAAUUUAAAUAACAAUGUAGCAGAUAUUAAUAACAUCAAUAAAAAUAAAACUGAUAUAAAAAAUAAUAUAGAUGAAUAUAAUAUUGAUACGACAAUUAACACAGGUGAACAUAAAAUUGAUAGGAGAAUUAAUAUAAAUGAACAUAAAAUUGAUACAACAAUUAAUAUAAAUGAACACAAAACUGAUCCAACAAUUAAUAUAGACGAAUAUAUUAAAACUGAUACAACAUUUAAUAUAAAUGAAAAUAAAACAGAUACAAAUAAUGUAGAUGAACAUAAAAUUGAUACAACAUUUUAUGUAGAUGAAAAUAAAGCAGAUAAAAAUAAUUUAGAUAAAAAUAGAAUAGAUACAAAUAAUAUAGAUGGAAAUAAAAUAAAUAAAGAAGAUACAGUUGCAAAGAAAACUGAUGAGGAUAAUAUAGAUAAUAAAAAACAAAGUACAAGUAAUAUAGGCACAGAUGAGGUAUUGGAUGAGACGCUCACUUUAUCAGAUGAUAUUUACUUAAAUCUUGAUUCUUUAAACGAAGUUGAGCAAUACGAAGAAUUUAAGCCACAGAGACAGAGUACUACAUUGUCUAAUAAUGAUACUACUUGUUCUUUAAAAAAAUUAGAAUUAGUGGCAGGAGAAGUUGCAGAUGAUAUUUUCAUAUCUCCUUUAGAAUUGGAAGAUGAUGUUUUUAUUAAUCCUGUGUUAGAAAUAUUCCAAGAUCCAACAUCUUUUGAUUUUCUUUCCGCAAGAGGGAAUUCAGAAAGCGCAACUCGCCUUAGGAAUGAAUCUUUGUAUAUCAAAUUUGAUCCUCUGUUAGCCAAUGUCAGUAUGUUACCUCAAGGAAACAGUCAAGUUUUUAGUACCUCUCCCAGUGGUACGAUUCACAAAUUAGAAGAAAUUCAAAACAAAAAUGAUGAACCUAUACAAGUAACUAAAUCUGAUACAAAGGAAGUCGAUGAUAUAGAUGGAACAGAGAAAUUAGAGUUACUACGUGCGUCUGUGUUGCAAUUGGAAAAAGAAUUGGAGAAACAAAAAAAAGAAUAUGAAUCAAAAGUGGAAAAACAAAAAACAGCUUCUCAAGAAAAAAUAACAAAAUUGCAAGCACAACUAAAUCAAGAAAUUGAGAAUAAAAAUCAAUUAACAGUUGUCGUAGAUGAAUAUGAAAAAUCGAUAAGUCGAUUACUCACUGAAAAAGAAAGGGAUCGUGCUAAUUUUGAGCAAGAAAAAUCUAAAGUACAAGAAGAACUUCAAGCUACAAAUCUCCAUCUUAGCAAUACGGAAGCUGCAUUUAAUGAUGUUCAUUUAAAAUACGAAAGGCUCAAAGGAGUCGUUUCCGCAUAUAAAAAUAACGAAGGAGUUUUAAAAGAAAGUAUCCAAGAAAAUUUGGAAACAAUAAAGUCUUUAGAAAAUCGUUAUGAUCAGUUAAAAACUCAUGCCAUGUCGCAAUUAAGGAAGGCCAACCUGGAAUUAGUGGACAUACGAAAACAACACGAAGCCGAGACGGUAAAGUUACAUGCGAUGGUGAGGAAAGCAGAAUUGAAAAGUAAUUCGCUCGCUGAAAUAGUAGAGCAAAAAACAAAGGAGAACAAAGAACUUACACAAAUAUUAGAUGAACUGAUUGCUAGGGUCGGUCGACAAAAUGCAGAAUAAGGAGAACUAAAAGAGUUUUAUAGAAUUAAUUUAAUAUCUCCUAAAUCCCUAUUGCAAUUAGUCUGUAUUAGUCUUUAUUUCUUCCCUCUUUAUUAGUCUUUAUUUUUUUACUCGCCUUAAUUAUAUUAAAUAUAUAUAUAUAAAAAUCUUA